AUGGACUACAUUCAGAGGAUGUUAAGGCAAUAUUUCUCCUAUAAUGUUGAAUCACCACCUUCUUGUUCUUGCUCUAGUCCUUUCCUCCCUCUCGCGCCGAGCUUCUCGAGCAACGAGACCGAUCACGAGCCCCUCCUCGCGUUCGAGGCCGCGACGAAAGACCCCUCAAACUCCCUCAGCUCAUGGAACUCAUCCCUCACCUUCUGUAGAUGGCGCGGCGUCGCGUGCAGCACCACACGCCAAAGAGUCACCGGGCUAAACCUCGUCAACCUCACCCUCUCCGGCUCGAUCACUCCCCACCUCGGAAACCUCACUUUCCUGAGGCUCUUGAACCUCAACAACAACUCCUACGCCGGCAAGCUCGGCCGCCUCAGGAGAAUCCAACACAUCUCCCUCAGCAACAACUUGAUCCAGGGAGAGCUCCCUCCUACUCUCGCAAACUGCACCAACCUCCUCUCACUCGUCGUCUCCUACAACAGAUUACGCGGCGCUUUGCCAUUGGAGCUCGGCUCCCUCUCCAAACUCGAGCUGUUCUCCAUCAUCAGGAACGCCUUGAGUGGCGCCAUCCCGGACACUUUAGGCAACCUGUCGUCUCUCACAGGACUAUACUGUGGCUUGAACGACCUUUCAGGCAGCCUCCCCGCUUCAUUAGGCCGCCUCGCGAGGCUGGAGCUUCUUGCGUUUGGUGAGAAUGUGAUCACAGGGGUCAUCCCACCUUCUGUUUUCAACCUCUCCAAAAUCACGGUUUUCGAUCUUGCAGCCAACCAAAUCAGAGGCUCUCUGCCCUCUGACUUGGCCUCUGUUUUCCCCAGUCUUGAUUUCUUCAGCGUGGGGAUAAACAUGUUGGAAGGCUCGAUUCCUCCCUCGUUGUCAAACGCCACGAGCCUGAGAUAUAUACAUGUGGGAUACAAUCAGUUGACAGGGGAAGUGCCUAGUUUCAUGAAGCUGAAUAAGCUCACUGUGUUGGCCCUUUCCGGUAAAAUGUUGGGAAGAGGAGGAAAGGAUUUGAGCUUCGUCGCGUCGUUGAAGAAUGCUACAAACUUGGUUAGUUUAGGCCUGGAUGGCAACGGUUUUGGUGGGGAACUGCAUCCUGCAUUUUAGAACCUUUCCACUACCAUUUCGAGGCUGUUUUUGAGACAAAAUCAGAUUUCGGGCACUGUCCCAAACGACGUGGGAAAUAUGUCGAACUGCAGGAUCUUCGGGUCAACAUGAACAGGUUCUUAGGUGUGAUCCCUUCUAGCAUUGGUAAACUUCGAAACCUGCAGUUCUUGGACUUGUCUAGCAACGGAUUCUCAAGCAGAAUCCCUUCCACUCUGGGGAAUUUGAGUCUUCUCAUUUAUAUGUAUCUUUCCUACAACAAUUUUGGAGGUCUCAUACCAUCCAGCAUUGGAAAUUGCCAGAAGCUGUUGGAACUGAACCUAACUCGAAACAGUUUGAUCGGUUCUUUACCUAAAGAAGUUGUAACCAUCCCUUCGUUGAGAAGCAUUGAUCUUUCUCAAAACCAACUGAAUAGCACUCUUCCUGCAGAGAUUGGAAGCCUCAAGAAUCUCGAGUACUUGAAUAUUUCAAAUAAUCGUUCGUAGGCAACAUGCCUAGUAGUAUCGGUGGCUGUGUGAGGUUGGAGUUCCUCGACUUACAAGGGAACUCCUUUGAAGGAAACAUCCCUUCAAGUCUCAGCGCGUUGAGGGGGCUUCAAGUUUUAGACCUUUCGCGCAACAGAUUCGAUGGUCUUGUUCCUGAGUACUUGGCAGAGUUCAGCUUGUUAGCCUUGAACUUGUCGUUCAACGACCUUGAAGGCGUGUUGCCUGAAGGUGGCGUGUUCAAGAAUGCAAGCGCGGUUUCAGUAGCAGGGAAUCCUAAUCUCUGUGGAGGUGUGCCUGAGCUGAGACUGUCAAAAUGCAGCCUUAAACGUCACAAGAGAUGAGUUUGAAGAUAGUGAUCCCUACUACAAUAGUAGUAGUACUAACUGUCAUUUUCGGUGGUGCUCUCGUCUUUUGUUGUCUGAAGAGAUGGAAGCCCCCGCCUCCGUCUAAUCCAUUUGACAAGUCUCUGAUGCAAGUCUCCUACCAGACGCUUUCACAAGCCACGAACGGAUUUUCUGAAGAGAGCUUGCUCGGUGUUGGCAGCUACGGAUCAGUGUACAGAGGAACUCUCGGAGAAGAUAGGAAGCCUGUUGCAGUGAAAGUGUUGAACCUUUCACAGCGUGGAGCGGUGAAAAGCUUUGUAGCCGAAUGUGAGGCGUUGAGAAACGUCAGGCAUCGGAAUCUUGUGAAAGUGAUCACAGCUAGUUCAGGCUUCGAUCUGCAGGGGAAUGACUUCAAAGCCUUGGUUUAUGAGUUCAUGCCUAAUGGCAGCCUCGAUGACUGGCUGCACGAAGAUAAGAGAUGAGGACAAACCAGGAGACUAGGCCUAGUUGAGAGGCUCAGCAUUGCCAUAGAUGUUGCUAGUGCAGUUGAUUAUCUGCACCAGCAAUGUGCAACGCCUAUUAUUCAUUGUGAUAUCAAGCCUAGCAACGUCCUUCUAGACAACGAUUUAGUCGGGUGUGUUGGUGAUUUCGGGCUAGCAAGAUUCCUCGUUAAAGCUAUGGACAGUUCUUCAACACAUCAGCAGAGCUCCAGUCUGAUCAGAGGCACUGUUGGCUACACUGCUCCAGAAUACAGGUUUGGAGGCGAGCCAACAGCGCAUGGUGAUGUAUACAGCUUCGGGAUUGGAGGUGUUCACUGGCAAAAGACCAACAGAUGAAAUGUUCAUAGAUGGGUUUGGGAUUCAUAGCUAUGUCAACAAUUGUUUGGCUGACCGAGUUUUGGAGAUGGUAGACCCUUCACUUUUUUAGCAGAAACGGAAAGUCCGAUGAGAGUCACACGCUUCGUGGAAAAUCAUAAGCUCAGAGAGUGUCUGUUUGAGGUUCUUAACGUUGGAGUAGCUUGCUCGGUCGACUCGGCCAAGGAAAGGGUGAGCAUUUCUGAUGCUGUUGUUAAGUUGCAGAGUAUCAGAGAUUGUGUUGUUAGAGAGAUUGGAAAUAGGGAAUGAUGCAGUGUUUAGGAUUAGCAUCUUAAAUAGGUCCAAACGGAAAGAGUUAGAUGAUGGUAAGAUCAAAAUUUAGAAUCUAAAUUUAACUUGUUAUUAGGCUAAGGGCAUCCGCCGACGAGACAGCUGCGCAGUGCGCUGUGGGAUCACGGGCAUCACCAGAGGCUCUCCUCUCGGCCACCAAUCGCCUUUCAACAAUUCAUGCAGA